GAAUCCUAUCAUCAUCACAACUGUACUCUCAUACACAAAUAGUUUUAGAGGGAGAAAAAAACUAAGAGAGAGAGAGAGAGGAGAGAGAGAGCGCUCUGCCCCAGGAAAAAGAAAAAUUCAGAUAAGGACAUGUUAUAACAGUUGUGAUUCACCAAUGGCGUGUUCUGUGCAUUUCUCAGAGUCAUAAAUUUCUGCCACCGAUCAUUCAAUUCAAAACCCACUUUCAAAUUUACAUAAUUGAUUCGAAAACCCAGCUGUUUUUUUGUCUUAUUCUGGUUGAACCCAUUUUGUGGUAGAGCUUCUUGUUCAAAACUAGGGUUUGGGUUUUGCAAUGGCAUUGAUUUGAGCUCUGUUUUGAGGGUUUUGUGUUGGGUUUGAGGACGCUUGGUGUAUAAGGUUUGAAAAAAAAAAAAGAAAAAAAAAAAGGGUUGGUGAGGGUGGACCUGUUCAGUCUCUCUCUCUCUCUUCUUUGUCUUCAAAAUGAAGCAUUUUUUUUUUCUCUUUCUAGGGUUUGGUAAGAUGUAACAUUAGUUUAUAUUUCUUGCUUUGUCCUUAAAGCUCUAAGCUCCUCUGAAUUCAAACCCUUUCGCUGGUUUUCUUUAUUUUUUUAUUUAUCCUUUGUCUGAACUUUUGAUCUCUUUGUAUUCAUGUCUUAAAUCAUUGGUCAGUUUAUUAUAAGCAUUGACUAUUUUAAAGAUUUUAUUAUAUUUUAUAUGUUAUAUUUUAGUAUUUUAUUUGUAGAUUGAAUGAUGCGUCACUUUGUACUAUGAACAUGUGCUUUGGGAUUUUGUUGUUUAUCUUUUGCUCGAAAUGUGAACUCUUCUGAAGCCCCAAAAAAAUCCUUACUGUCUUCUUUUUGUUUAUUGUAUUUUUUUUUUCAUUUUAAAUUUAGUUUUAAAAUUCAAGAACAUUGUGAAAACACUGUUUGGUAUUCAAAAAUUGGGUUCUGUUUUAUCUCAUUUGAACUUCAAGUGCUUUUGAUGGGUUGAAUUUUCAGAAAGUUAAGAUCAUAGAGUGGAUCUCCUAAUUUUAAUAAAAAGACUGGUAAAUUAGUUGAAAUUGAGUUUUGGGUGAAAGUUGGUUUCCAGUAAUUUUCUCCAGAGUAAAUGUAUGGAUCGAAGGGAAGCUAUGGCACUGUCAGGGUCUGCUUCUUACUAUAUGCAGAGAGGGAUGUCCGGUUCUGGGUCUGGGUCUGGGGUACAAGGAUUACCAGGUCUUCGAUCAAUUACUAAUCCAAAUGUUUCGUUUCAACCAAAUGUUGGGGGCAAUUCUAUUGGAUCAACGGCACCAAUAGAGCCUUCAUUGGCAAUUUCACCUCACGGAGGUAAUGCGGGUGCACCAUCUGCUGUGCAGCCCGGUGAACCUGUAAGAAGAAAAAGGGGAAGGCCUCGAAAAUAUGGGCCCGAUGGGAACGUGUCAUUGGCAUUGUCUCCCACUUCAUCUACUCCUCCGGCCAUGACUCCAAGGUCCCCAACCCAGAAGCGGGGUAGGGGACGGCCACCGGGGACCGGGCGAAAGCAACAAUUAGCUUCUCUUGGUGGAUGGCUGUCUGGUUCGGCUGGGAUGGGCUUUACUCCACAUGUCAUCACCAUUUCCGUAGGAGAAGACAUCACAACAAAAAUAAUGUCAUUUUCACAGCAGGGCCCAAGAGCUAUAUGUAUUUUGUCAGCCAACGGUUCUGUCUCCACCGUGACUCUCCGUCAACCCUCAACAUCCGGUGGCUCAGUUACAUAUGAGGGGCGUUUUGAGAUACUGUGUCUUUCAGGCUCUUACCUGCUCACUGAUAAUGGUGGUCCCCGUGGUCGAACUGGUGGUUUGAGUGUUUUGCUUGCUAGCCCUGACGGUCGUGUCAUUGGUGGUGGAGUUGGGGGAGCGCUUACUGCAGCCAGCCCAGUUCAGGUAAUUGUUGGAAGCUUCUUGUGGGGUAGUCAAAAGACGAAGAACAAGGCUGGGGGAGGUCGUGAAGGUGCUGGAGAUUUAGACGGUCCGACAUCAGAUAAUCCAGUUGUUCCAACUACUGUUCCUUCAGGUCAGAAUCUUACUCCAGCCUCUUCAGUCAGUGUUUGGCCAGGUUCACGACCAAUGGAUAUGCAAAAUGCACAUUUUGACAUUGAUUUGAUGCGUGAGUGACUGUUUUAUUAGUAGAUAGUUGAGCAAUGUGUAUAUUUGCUGUUUAGUCAGUUGAAUCUAAUUCCUUAAGACCCACGCAAAAAAAACAACCCUGAUGGUUUUGGGCUUGAGGAGGGAUCUCACUUCAUAUCCCACUGUAGACGGUUGGGUUGUACUACUAUCUAUUUAGUUUAAUGGAAAUUUAGUUGGAGUUCACUGCUAA